UGGAGCCGAGAGGGUCAGGGGGAGGAGAGGAAAGGGAGUGGAGCGAGAAGACGACAAAAGGAGAUCCACCACAGGGUGACCAAUUUAACCGGACCAUCCUGGCUCAGCAAGGCUACAAAUGGUCCUACCUCCCCGGCCGCUCCGAGCGCCCGCAACGCCGAAUCGGAUUGUCAGCUGCGGUCCUGUAGGGGAGCAGAAACAAGAUGAUCACGACGUGUCAAACGCUGUUGCAUUGAACCGUGGACGCCUCUGCCACUUCUCUGUCAGUACACCAUUUCUGCAGGAGUGAAUGACAUAGCUGGCGACACUUGCUGUCCAGGCCUCCGCUUCACCUCCGUGGUGUUUUGUGGCAAAGGAUACACGAAUCCGUGGAGAUAGUCCUCACAGCAGAGAUUGGUCUUCUCAAUAACCUUGGUCUCUGCUCACUGGCUGCAACGAAAACGUCAGGAGGGUUGUGAAGCAACUGGUGAGACUCUUCGCCGAAUCCAGUCAGACCACACCCUGCGUCCCUGCAGUGUGGCCUCUACGAAUCCCUCAGCACUUCUUCAAAAAUUUGUCCACUGGGAUAAAUGAGUGAACCGGCUGCAAAGGAAAGGGCUGGGACAUGUACCAGAACCCCAACAGAAUGUCCUGGUUCAGUGGUUUCCUAGUUGCUAGAGUGGACGACCGCAAGACUGCGUGGGGGGAGCGCAAUGGCAAGAAAUCCAAACGGAAGGGAGGCUCAUCUCUCUGCAACCCGCGUUACAUGAGCUGUCUGCGGGACCCAGAUGUUAUGGAGCCCCCUUCUGGAGCCCCCCUCCAUCAGCACCACCGAGGAGGGGUGGCGGGGGCCAUGGGAGGCGGGGGAAACUUUGGUGUCCGUUGCGGUUGGCAGGAGGACCACUACGGCAAAAGGGGAGGGGGAGGGGAAGGGGUGGGCCUGAAGUCGGUCGACUUGGGCUUUGAGGACGGGGAGUUGAAAGGGAGGAAAGGUGGAUGUAACGGAGGAAGUGGAGAUGUUGGCGAUGAGGGUCCCAAUGGCGCAGCAGGUGUGGUGACAGCUGCAGACUGCUGGCUCAGGGUGGUGCAGGUGUUCCAGUCGAAAAAAUUCCAGUCUCGAAAACUGGAGCGCCUAUACCAGCGUUACUUCUUUCGGCUGAACCAGAGCUCCUUGACAAUGCUCAUGGGGGUACUUGUGAUCGUGUGUGGCAUCAUGCUGACCUUCCACUGUGUCCACGCCCCCCCUGAAGUGCCCUAUUCCUCGGCCCUGUCGGUGGCGAUGGCGUUGUUCAUGGCUCUUAUGGUAGUGUGCAACCGUAAUGGCUUCCACCAGGACUACAUGUGGAUGGUCAGUUACCUGGUGAUAGGAGUAUUGGUGUCAGUACAGGUGUUCGGGGUGUACAUGGUGGCACCCAGGAGUGCUUCAGAGGGCAUCUGGUGGUCUGUGUUCUUCAUCUACAUCAUCUACACUCUGCUGCCUGUAAGGAUGAGAGCGGCAGUGCUGAGUGGAGCUGUGCUGUCCAUCAUACAUGUGGUCAUCACCUGGCAAAUCAACCAGGAAGACGAGUUCCUCUGGAAACAGGUGAGCGCUAAUGUCCUGAUCUUCCUGUGCACUAACAUCAUCGGAAUCUGUACCCACUACCCCGCUGAGGUUUCCCAGAGACAAGCCUUUCAGGAAACCAGAGGAUAUAUCCAGGCCAGACUCCACCUUCAGAGGGAGAAUCAACAACAGGAGCGUCUGUUGCUUUCAGUGUUGCCAAGGCAUGUUGCCAUGGAGAUGAAGGCUGACAUCAAUGCCAAGAAGGAAGACAUGAUGUUCCAUAAGAUCUAUAUCCAGAAACACGACAAUGUCAGUAUUCUGUUUGCAGACAUCGAGGGUUUUACCAGCCUGGCCUCUCAGUGCACUGCUCAGGAGCUGGUCAUGACACUCAACGAACUCUUUGCACGCUUUGACAAACUGGCAUCGGAGAACCACUGUCUACGAAUAAAAAUUUUGGGUGAUUGCUACUAUUGUGUAUCCGGGCUGCCUGAACCCAGGGCUGACCACGCCCACUGCUGUGUGGAGAUGGGUGUCGACAUGAUAGAGGCCAUCUCGCUGGUGCGGGAGGUGACAGGGGUCAACGUAAACAUGCGAGUGGGCAUUCACAGUGGGCGUGUGCACUGUGGCGUGCUGGGACUCAGGAAGUGGCAGUUUGAUGUGUGGUCAAAUGAUGUAACACUGGCAAAUCACAUGGAGGCGGGAGGCAAAGCAGGGAGGAUCCACAUAACCAAGGCCACAUUGCAGUAUCUUAAUGGAGACUAUGAGGUGGAGCCAGGCUUUGGAGGAGAGAGGAACGCAUAUCUGAAGGAGAACAGCAUUGAGACCUUUCUAGUCCUCGGCUGCAGCCAGAAGCGGAAGGAGGAGAAGGCGAUGAUGGCUAAGAUGCAGCGGACAAGAGCCAACUCUAACGAGGGGCUGAUGCCACGCUGGGUCCCCGACAGAACCUUCUCCAGGACCAAAGACUCCAAAGUCUUCAGACAAAUGGGGAUUGAUGAGACCUCCAGUAAAGACAACCGGGGUGUUCAGGAGGCCAUGAAUCCUGAGGAUGAAGUGGAUGAAUUUCUUGGGCGAGCCAUUGACGCUCGCAGUAUCGACCAGCUGAGAAAAGACCACGUUAAGAAGUUUCUGCUCACCUUCCAGACCUCAAGCCUGGAGAAAAAGUAUUCCAAAAAAGUGGACGAUCGUUUUGGAGGUUAUGUCGCCUGUACUCUCCUAGUGUUCUGCUUCAUAUCAUUCAUACAGAUUGUUGUCUUUCCACACACCCCGGUCAUGCUGGGAAUCUACAUCAGUAUCUUCAUUAUACUUGCCAACAUCCUUUUCAUCUGUGCCAUUUAUUCAUGCAUUAAGCUCUUUCCUGCUGCAAUGCAGACUGUUUCAAAGAAGAUUGUCCAGUCUCGCACCAACAGCACCCUGGUCGGAGUAUUUACCAUCAUCCUUGUUUUCAUCUCUGCCUUUGUUAAUAUGUUCGCCUGUGACACCAAGAGCUUGGCUCAAUGUGUUGCUGAGAAGCUGAACACCUCCACACACCUGGUGACGCCCUGUAUGAUCCGCAGCUUGAAUGUUUCUGUUGAAGGGGGUCUAGAGAUCUGUCCUAGCCAAGGCCCCUCGUGCCCCUUUCCCGAGUAUUUCAGCUACAGUGUGCUGCUGACGCUGCUGGCCUGCUCGGUUUUCCUGCAGAUCAGCAGCAUAGGGAAGCUGGUCCUAAUGCUGCUCAUCCAGCUCACCUUCCUGCUGCUGGUGGAGUGGCCACAAGUAGCACUAUUCGACAACGCAGACCUCUUUGUCACCUCAAAUGCCAUUGAUUUAAAUGAAACUAGUGCUCAAUGGUCCAGUUUCAAUGAAACUUCAGAACAGUGCCCAAUAUUUGUGACCAAAGUGUCCCUGAGGGUCAUGACACCAGUGAUCCUCACUGUCUUUGUCCUGGCACUGUACCUGCAUGCCCAGCAGGUCGAAUCUACUGCACGCCUUGACUUCCUGUGGAAAUUACAGGCCACAGAGGAGAAGGAGGAGAUGGAGGAACUGCAAGCCUACAAUCGUCGCCUCCUCCAUAAUAUUCUACCGAAGGACGUAGCUGCUCACUUUUUAGCACGAGAGCGGCGUAAUGACGAGCUGUACUACCAGUCCUGUGAGUGCGUUGCCGUCAUGUUCGCCUCCAUCAGCAACUUCUCCGAGUUCUAUGUGGAGCUGGAGGCCAACAACGAGGGAGUGGAGUGUCUCCGGCUGCUCAAUGAGAUCAUUGCCGACUUUGAUGAGAUCAUCAGUGAGGAGAAAUACAGGCAGCUAGAGAAGAUCAAGACCAUUGGCUCCACUUACAUGGCGGCCUCUGGUCUCAAUGACUCCACCUAUGACAAGGAGGGCCGUUCUCAUAUCACUGCACUGGCAGACUACGCCAUGAGGCUGAGGGAGCAGAUGAAAUACAUCAACGAGCAUUCCUUCAACAACUUCCAGAUGAAGAUAGGUCUGAACAUCGGACCAGUGGUAGCUGGGGUUAUCGGUGCACGGAAACCCCAGUAUGAUAUCUGGGGGAACACAGUCAAUGUGGCCAGUCGUAUGGACAGCACAGGUGUACCUGACUGUAUACAGGUGACUACAGACCUCCAUCAGGUGCUUGCGGACAAAGGGUAUGUGCUGGAGUGUCGUGGGGUGGUAAAGGUGAAAGGUAAAGGGGAAAUGACAACCUACUUCCUGAAUGACGCACCGCCCAACAGUUAGCAGCCGUGGCAGCAGCAGAUGUCUGGGUGAUCCCUCUGCAAGGACACAGCAGCACUGAGCAAAGGACUCACAGUGCAACGAAUGGCUGAAAACUAGAUAUGCCAUCACUUGAAUCCCAAGCAAAGAGGAAAAAAAACUUCAAAGACUUCAAAAGGAAAAGUGUUCUUGAUGAGAGGAAAAUGUUCUCUGUGGACAGCCAUUUUGGCCCACAUACAUGUGGAAGGACAAGUGUUUUUCUCAUGUCUAGCCUCUCUCUCAGGCUUCUUGAAAGAUGCAAAGUCUGUUUAUUUAAAACAAACGCCUUUUAGCCUGUGUCAAAUGAAGAUUAACGCUGUACAUAAGGCUACAUUUUUUUUGUGUGUGUGUGUGUUUUUGUUUCCUGUAAUUUUUAUUUCACAUGAAUAAUGAACAGGUACUCAUAUUUUGUUUCCGGAUUUAACUAUUUAUUUUGAUCUCAAUGUUUUGUGCAAAAGGUCCUUUAUGAAAAAGUGUGAAUACAUACGUGCACAAAUAUCCAGUUUAUUACACGUUUAUAAGUGUGUAUGUACAUGCAUAUUUGUGUGUGUAUAAAUAUAUGUAUAAACUGAGGAGAAAUAUAUUGACCAAAGACUAAAGUAUUUACUAAAAGCAAGGCAAGACAUGUUUGAUAUGUUCUCGCUAAAGUCAGCAAUGAUCACCGCCUCUGUUUUUUCUGCAGAAGGCCUGAACCCUCUUUUUGCCCGACUGCUGGCAGCAAAGACUGCUUCGUUGUUUUCAUAGAGUAUGUGAGAUUUAUUUAUUUUGUCUAUCAUUCAGGCAGCAAGGAGCUGAUCACUUUAAUUAAAAACUAUAUUACCCCAACCUCAAAACAAAAUUACUUAAGACGACUAAGGAUGUUAUUUGAAGGUGAUAUCGGAAAGAUAUAUUUUUGACCUCUGAGGAGUUGAAGAAGCUCCAGUCGGGAUGAUCCUCGUUUUUAUGUCAGAUUGGUUCCUUAGAGCUUCAGCAGCGCAUGGACAGCUGGUCUCAGUUAUAAUAGUAUCAUCGACUGCUCCUUCCCUUUCACAGAACUUUUUUUGUUUGUUUGUUGCAAAUGGAAAUGAAGGAACGUAAAAUCACCUAGUUGUCCCAGAGCCAUCAGGGGAAAAGCUGGGAUUUCAGCGCAGUGGUACCACAGAGCUUGAUUCUUCCAUGAAGAAGAAAUAAAUGAAGGAAAGAAAAACAUAUUGAUUUUGACUGAAUACUGUGCUUUGUAAUCCUGAAGGGGCAUAACUUUUUUCACUGUGAGGUUUUUAUGAGACAACAAAAACUGCUUUCUUGCCAAACAUAACCGCUUUGAAGCAUGUCUGAUUGUGGUAUCUUGUUUUCAUUUUUGUUUGUUUUAACGUAGGGUAUUUUGUAUCACUUAUGUAUCCAUCAUUUGUAUAUUCUUAAUGUUAUUAUUAUUAUUAUUAUUAUUAUUAUUAUUAUGAAGAUUCUGAUUAAUUAUUAUGCUUAUUAUGAUGAUUCCAUUCCAAUGAAAAGGAUCAAAGACCAGCACGCUUUCUUGUGAAAUGCCAGUCGUAAAGCUCAAGCUCACUGGUACCAACUGAUCAACUGCAGCCAAUGAAUCCUGCUGUUCAGUCCCAAUGUACAUUACAGUGCGUCAAUUGGUGAUAUGUGUGAUCAUGUAUAGGAAGUAAUAACCAAUAGCUGCCUUUGCAGCAGAACCUGAGCAAUGUAUGCUCACAUCUGAAUCGCAGUAUACACACACACACACACACACACACACACACACACACACACACACACACACACACACACACACACACACACACACACACAUUUACAGGUGAUUCACUGUGCUUUUUUUUUAUUUAUGCCACUACUGCAGUAUUGUAAAUCUCAGAAAGACUUUAAAGGUGACGUCUACUUUCCACACAUAAACUUCUCAGCACUUAGAAAUGACAUCCCUGGUGUUCAAGCGUUGUAAGGGAGGACAAGGCAGAAGGAACUAACAUGCAUUUAUUGUAUCCUAUCACCCUGACACUCAGUCUUACAGUACUAAUAGCUGAGUUUGAUUGCCUUAAGUUAUUAAAAAAAAACGAAUCAUGAAAUAACACUGAACAGGAACUGUGCCUGCUUGCCCUGAAUGGACUGCUGAUGUUUUGGUCAGAGAGGGACAUGGAUAAGGGCAUGUCAAAGUAACCUUCAGUUAACAUUCUCAUUAUUUCAGUGAUCUCCCGCUUCAACUUUUAUAAUUGGGAGAACUCGGCACUGAUUUUAGCUCUUUCUGCAACACUCAACAAUGGCAAUCAACAGUUGAUCAUGUUUGUACCAAAGCCAGCUCAUGCAGCCUUGUGCUAAUUGGUCCCUCCUGUGCAAUGAUAUUUGGCCUCAGGCGUGUUGGGAGCACCAGAGGACAAUAAUGUAACGGAGAUCACCAACUUUCAAACAAACUGUGACCAAUGAAGAGUGAUUCAUGCAAGCAAAGAGGUUAUAGAAUGGACUUGAGUUUAUCAAAAUGUGCAUUGUAUGUAUUCUAUUUCUAUUGGCUGUCCAUAGACUUGUGUUGAUUGUUAACUCUUGGGAUGUUUUGUGGGAGAACAGGAGAGGGGAGGAAGGUUGUCCCCAUACUACUGAAACAGUGUUUUGCUCAGGCCUGAUGAAUCCUUCCGUAUUUGUUUUUGUUUUAUUUGUAUUUUCCCUGAGUUGGAGAGGUUGAAAGGGGAGUGUUCUGCAAAGUUGAAAGGCAAGAAGAGUUGAGGACUAUGACAAAGAGAAAAAUAAAAAUUUCCCUUGAAGAAAAAAUAAAA